AUGAGGUUUUUCACCUGCACAAGGCCGUUGUUUGUUCUCGAUCCAAGUACUUUGCCGUUGCUUAAUAGUAACCCGAAGGACGAAGUCGAGCUGACGGACGACGACUCAAAGCUGGUUGGUCUGAUGGUGGAUUAUUUAUACCAGCUCAACUACGACGACCUGUUACCGAGUAAACCGCCUACCGAGCUGAACCAAGAGACAUCUGCACAACCUGAAUCUGCGGUAGCACAUCACGUCCAGUGUCACGAAGACCUUGGCCAUGGAGCACCCAUCGACGAGCUCGUUCUCGAGCCAGAAAUCGCUGCGGCGUCGGAGAUCCACAUGUACGAAGAAGAUGUGUGA